AUGAUUUUUAUUGACAGGGGCAAAUUUGCUUUCGACUGGACAGAGCGGCCUCGGAACGUCUUAAUCAUUAAGAAACUAAAUGAUAUCAAGACAGAAAACGCACUUAUACAAGUUGCAAAUUGGUUGCAUAAAGAGUACCCAGAUUUGAAUAUAAUUGUAGAACCUAGUGUUGCUGAACACUUCCAGGAUAGAUUACCAUUUGUUCAUGUCAUACCACGAGAAUAUACCCGUACAGUUGAUUUUGCUAUCACUUUAGGAGGAGACGGUACAAUGUUACACUUAUCUUCACUCUUUCCAAAAGCCGUUCCGCCUGUUGUAUGCUUUAAUCUUGGGACGCUAGGAUUUUUAAUGUCAUUUCAAUUCAAGUAUUUUAAGCAUGUUUUGUCAGAUAUGACGGCGGGAAAAGCUUCUUUGAUGUUACGAAUGCGAUUAUUUUGCUCGCUUCACCAAUCAGAUGGAAGGAGAAUCAGCGUGGAUGGGAAGGAAGUAGGCAAACAAGUAAUGAACGAAGUAUCACUGCAUCGUGGACGAUACCCACAUUUAACUGCUAUUGGAUGUUACGUUGAUGGGGAAUAUUUGACCGAAUGCGUGGUAUGUUAUAGAUUGAUUGUAUCAACUCCAACUGGAUCAACGGCAUAUUCACUAUCAGCAGGCGGACCAAUUGUCCAUCCAAGCGUACAAAGUUUAGUCAUGACACCUAUUUGUCCACGAUCAUUGUCAUUCCGAACAGUAUUGCUACCUCCAAGUGCCAAAAUCCAAUUACAUGUAUGUGUGUAUAUGAAACCUUUAGCAUACGUGCGCUAA